AGAGCAAUCAGCGCACGUUUUUAGUGCUAGCAUCCCGCAGUUCAUGGGCUGGAAUUUCUCUCUUUCUUUUUUGACGGGAAUGAUUAACAGGAGUGGUUAAAGCAUCAAGCCGCUGUUACCUCAACGAGUGAUGGGGAUCACAACGGCUCAAGUCAAACAGCAAAACUCGUUACAGGAUGUAAACAACUUUAGUUUUCUCUUACAGGGUCCCAUUCCAGCCAUGCCCAGAAAUUUAUCAUCAUCAACAAACCACAAACUAAGUUGCCGUUUGUAGCCUCUUCUCCUCAACUUUCCUGAUACUUCAACUCCAUGUCUUGUUUGUCAUUGUUCUCAUUAGCAGGGUAUAAACAUUUUGGUUUGCCACUCUUUUUAGCCUCAACAUGAGCUUCAAAAUCAUCUGGUUGGUUCCCUGUUUAUAUUUCUUUCCCUUUGUGGAUAGCUCAAAAAACUACACUACCAAUUCUUUGGACGAAUAUCUUCAGGAUUUUGCUUUCAAAACUUUGGUUCAUCACCGGCCUCACCAUUCGGGCGCUCUAUACAAACCAAUUCUCCCGGCUAAUCUGUCAGGUACGAGAGUUUCAAUUGUAAGGCUCAGAAGCCGGAGGUUAUGGAACAUCGGUGCUAAUUUUAGCAACUUUCAUAUCCCAUCUAGAACCAUAACAGAGCCUCAUGCCAGAAGGCUGGCUAUAGUCUACCAAGACUUUGGCAAUUGGUCUUCCCACUACUACAGUGUUCCAGGUUACUCAAUCGUCACUCCUGUGAUUGGUUUCAUGGUUUUUGAUGCAUGGAAUAUACGGGCUAAAAGAAAGCUUAGUCUCAAUACAAUGGGAAAGCCUAUAGUGAUUCGUUUCUUCAAUUCAUCAUUAUCAGAUGGAAGGGUCUCAAAAGCGAAAUGUGUAACAUUUAGCCCAAAUGGUACUCUUCUCAUGACUGAAAUGAGUGAGCCUAAUGUAUGUUACUCUCAAGAUCAGGGUCAUUUCUCCAUAGUAGUUCCAUUGAAUUUGAAGAAGAAGCAUGCUCUGUGGUAUUUGUGGGUGAUUGGGUUUGGGCUUGGAUUUGCUGGGUUGAUUUUGAUAGGUUACGUUGGGAUUUUGUCAAUGAAAGCUUUGAAGACAAAGAAGAUUCAAGUAAUGGAGAGACAGGCUGAUGAAGAUUUCGUACUUGAUACCGUAUGGGUUGGUAGGAGCAAAAUGCCCUCUGCAACGGUGACAAGAACUCAGCCAACCCUCGAGGAUGGAGGUUUCCCAUAGUACUUAUUUCCACAUUAUGAAAUUUUGUUUUAGCCUCAUGCUGCUCUUUCUGUUCUAUCACAUCAAUAUACUAUCUACAUAUUAU